GUUAGUAACAUUAGAGCUAUUGGCAGCUCAAGGACCAGUAUAUCUAUCGACUCUAGUUUAAGCCAUCUACCUGUAAGAUAUGCCAACCAGAUACUAGCUGACUCAUGCUAUAUCUCACCCCUACGAAUGAUUAGUAAAGUAGUCCAACGCCUAAUGGGAGUGCUUUCCUGUGUUGAUCAGACUGUAAUACUAUUCAGUGGUUUUAUCCAAUCGGCCACACAAUAACAUGUAUCGAUUAACUACACUAGAAUUAAUGUUCAGUUAUAGUUAGUCAGUCGCAAAGCACACAUCUGGUAUCUUAAACUGCUUGCAAAUGAAUACUGAUUUCUGGUUAAUUCUUUAUCUGUGUUGGAGUGUAUCUCAGUUAGUAGAAUGUAAUGGUAAGUAUUUCUUUCACUGGUUUUUAUAAAUAGAAGUAUGAAAGCUUAUUAAAUCUUAUGAUAGGCAAGGCCAAGAAUGUUUUACGUGUAGCAGGCAAAGCAACCUUUCCCUUCUUUACGGUUUCUACUGAAAGUCAUAACAAAUCUGUAAAAUUUGGUGGUUUAAUAGGAAAUCUCGUAACUGCGGUAACAACUCAAUUGCAACUCCGUGCCGAAUUCAUUGAAAGCGAAUCAUUAUCGAAACGUUUAGAUAAUGGAAGUUGGACAGGAAGAGUUGGAAAAAUCCAGAAGAAUGAAGCUGACCUCAUGUUUACCAUUAUGAAAGCGGAAGAAAUGGAAAUCAUCGAUUACACCGAUCCUUUUUUGUUCGAUGAAGCGCGAUUUUUAGUAAAAAAACCGGAGGAAGCAUCUAAAAUGUUUAUCAUCAGUCGACCAUUUAAUUAUCGAUUGUGGAUAGCCACCUUUGUCACCCUGAUCUUGGGCAUACCUAUUCUUUAUUUUCUAUUAAAAGCAGAAUGGAAACUGAAAUCAAUAAAACUGCGACGCGGAUGGAAAAGAAUUGCUUGGAUGCUUUUUGUUGGAUUCGCUAAUCAAGGUGACAGUCUAAUAGAUAACAUUGGGCAUAAAGUUCGUUGGAUGCUGUCUGCGUGGUUGCUGACGUGUACUAUUCUCGUAGCUUGUUAUGCUGGAAAUUUAGCAUCGUACAUGACCUUUCCCGGUUUCCAACAUGUUCCAAACACCAUACCGCAAUUGCAAGAAGCUGUAGCCGCUGGAGAAUAUUAUAUAGUAGUAAAGGAAAAAAGUAGCAUAACACAAAGUAUAGAGAAUUCAAACUCAACAUUAAUGAAGCUUUUUGCUCAAUCCGUGAGAAAUCGAAAUGGCUUGAUAAAAGAUAUGGGUCAAUGCUUUUAUCGUACAGCCCAGGAUCGUUGCGCUUUUAUUAAUUACGAGAUAGUUUUUGAUUUGAUGACACCGAAAAAUUUAAUUGGAAAAUUUAUGAUAUCCAAUGAUCAAUUUCUUACCAUUAGCGUAGCAUUUGCAGUAAGGAAGGACUUUCCGUUGAAGAAAGAAGUCGAUAGAAUAACAUCUGCCGCUGUAGAGAGUGGGUUACUGAUAAAAUGGAAGAAAAACAUCAUUGAUAAACUGCCUAAGAAGGAAAAGGAUUUGAAUACAAUUAGACCACUUAACCUUUUAGAUUUACAAGGAGGUUUCAUCCUCCUCUUUUUGGGUUAUGCUAUAGGAAUUGUAUGUUUAAUUAUUGAGUUAAUAAUCGAUUUUUUCCUAAGAUGUAGAAAGAAAAAGAAAGUUAAAGUUAUCCCUUUCUCACAUUACGAACGAAUUUAUUACUAAUUGAA